AUGCGGCAGUUCGCUUAUCGGACGAUGCGGACAGCAACAGCCUCGCUGGCCGCCAACACGACGCUGACCCCGGUGCGAAACUGCUAUGACAGCAGCCGUGUGGAGCGUGGCGACGCCGCUGCCGCCGCGGCCUCAUCCUCCUCCCCCUCCGUGCCGUCCAGGCGUUCCUCAGCGCCGCCGCGCCACGCACGCCCCGUCGGCGGCCGCGGUCCCGUCAAGGACCGUUUUCCGCCCGUGCCCACCGACCUCGCCGACCCGCGACGCCGCCUCGCCGUUCUCGUGGACGGCUCGAACCCCAACCUCAUCCCCGGCGGCUGCACCACAGUGGAUCAGGUGUACCGCACGAGUGCCCUCUUCACCAUGGUGCUGCCGGCUGUGCUGCAGGUCGGUGUUCCAGUGCUGCUCCGCGUCUUUGCGCACCAGCUGCCCGCUGUUUGGGAGCCGCUCCUGGCAGGCAGCAGCAGCGCCACGCAAGGCGGCAGCGCCUCUGCCAGCCAUCACACACCGACCGACGGUGCCGGACAGUCGAUCUCACUCGUCCCGCUCCCUCUCCAACCGUCGUCGUCAACAUCGUCGUCCACCGCGGACGCCGUCAUUGUGCCGCAGGUGCAGUUCGAGUACUUCCGGGUGGAGCGCUUCAUCCCCGUAGCGAUGCAGAUGGAGGCGGACGCGCGCCACCUCUACGAGUUCCGCCACACAAACAAGGUGGAGGGGGUCUGCUACGUCUGCCACGAAGUCGACCGUGCCAUGUUCAUCUCACUCAUGGAAGAGCAGCGGACGGGGUCGGUCGAGCUGGAGGAGCUGCUGCGCGAGAUUCACGGCAAGGGCCGGAGGGCCGAAGCCAAAGAAGAAAAGGCGACUGCGGCGGCCUUCUUCAACCAGUACGUGCUGGAUGAGCUGGGCAUGGCUGGGGAGCUGCUGGCGGACUCGCGAUCGAAGAGCGGCGCGUGA